CCAAGUCCAAGUGGUACCUACUCUUCCCGCCGCCCAGUGACGUCUCUGGAUUUUCCUUUCGCAUUCACGCCUGAGCCCAUGUAUAGUUAAACCUCUGCUGUUAAGUGUGGGUGUCGGUUUCGAUUGGGGUUUGUAGAAAACAAAAUCAAUUUCAUUUUGCUGUACCUCUGACGGUGCGGAGAUCGGCUCAGGUUAUAGUUAUACAGUAGAAACUAGGACCUCGAAUUAUGGCCAAGCAUCAUCCUGAUUUGAUUAUGUGCCGGAAGCAACCAGGAAUUGCCAUUGGAAGACUUUGUGAGAAAGAUGAUGGGAAAUGUGUGAUAUGUGAUUCCUAUGUGCGUCCUUGCACACUGGUGCGAAUUUGUGAUGAGUGCAAUUAUGGAUCCUUCCAAGGUCGAUGUGUUAUCUGUGGAGGGGUUGGUAUAUCCGAUGCCUACUAUUGCAAAGAGUGCACACAACAGGAGAAAGAUAGGGAUGGGUGUCCGAAAAUUGUUAAUUUAGGGAGCGCUAAAACAGAUUUGUUUUAUGAACGUAAGAAAUAUGGUUUUAAGAAAAGAUGAUGAGCUUUAGGUUUCAUGUAUGCUGCUUUUAUUUUCUGUCUUUGUUGCUAUCCAUGGAGAGACCCAAUCUAAACUGUCCUAAGUAAUUUGAAGUUUGUACUUUGUACCUAAAGAUGUUACAAGUGAUCAUCAUAAAAGUCUCGUGUGGAUUUUGGGUGAUGUUUUGGAGCAUGUUGUAUUUUUGUUUCAUUAUGUAGUUAAAACUUGCAGCUUUUUU